ACAGAUCUUGAUCUCGGCUCAAUGCGGACGGUUAAAAACUAAACAGUUCACGCGUAAAAUUAAAAAAAAAUAAAUAACAAAAAUAAGGAUUAAAUUAAACUGUGAUAUCUGUGAUUUUAGAAAUAAUCAUAAAUUAUUUCGUAUAAAUUAAAUAUUUAAAAAUAAAUACUAAAACCGUAGAAAUGUGGAAAAUUGCCUUGUGUUUAGUUGCCUUCCAAGUGAUCUUGGCCCAAGAAGCAGGAGAAAUUCCUGAAUAUAUCAAACCAUGCAGACGGGAUGAUCCUGAAUUAUUGAAAUGUUUUAUGAACUCUUUGGAACAUGUUAAACCCUACCUGGCAAAGGGUAUUCCUGAAAUUGAGGUACCCUCUAUUGAACCCUUCCACAUGAAUGAGUUGUCACUGCAGUUGACCGAUGGACCUCAGGGCUAUAAAAUCACACUGAAAGAUUUGGAAGUAUUUGGUGCCAGUAACUUUGAUGUGAAGUCGAUGAAACUAAGUGAAAAUGGCGAACCCUUCACAGCCCAGAUUGUUAUGCCAAAAUUGAAAAUCGAAUCGAAAUAUAUUAGCUCUGGUGUUCUUUUGAUCAUACCCGCCUCGGGUGGUGGUGAUUUCCAUGCCGUUUUUGAGGGUUGCAAAGCCAAUCUCACCGGAAAGGUAUCAACCCCCGUGAGAAAUGGAAAAACCUAUAUGCAUUUGGAUGCCUUCAGCAUUACCCUCGAUGUGGAAAAGGCCAGUAUGUCAAUCUCGAAUGCCUUCAACAAUAAUCGUGUUUUGCUCGAAGCCACCAAUCUGUUCUUGCGUGAAAAUGUCCGCGUUGUCUUGGAGGCUAUGCAACCUCAGCUGCAUAAAAAAUUAGCCAUGGAAUUUGGCAAAUUGACCAAUCAGUUCCUGAAACAUGUACCCCGUGACUGGUUCUACAUAUAAACAUUUCGUAAUUUCAACACUUUAACAUUUGUAUAUAUGUCUAAGAAUUGAAUUGAAAAUUCUCAUAAUACCAGUGGUAGUUUUAUAGAGAUCUAGGUAUUAUAACGAUCCUCCUUUUUUAUAUAUAGUUAAGACAAUACCUGUAUAUAUGUCUAUAAGAUUUAUAAGUUUAUAAUAUCUAAAAGAUUAAGAUAUGAAAUUUAUAAUAAAUUUUGAAAAUUGAUAACAAAUUUUGAAAUAAAAAUUAAAUUAAAAUGGACUUUUGAAAACUUGUUA